GUCUUUGGAUCCACUGCUCCAAGAAGAGUCAGACUUCGUCCGAAAACGUGAUCUCAGCAAGAUGGCGAUAAGGUACAUCGUGAUGCUGACUACUGUGUUGGCUGUAAUGUACGUUCAAGCGGAGUCUCACACCGUCGGUCAGAAUCUGCAACAGAUCUUAGUUGCACCGGCUGCACCUGCGGUAUCAUCGGAAGUUGCACCGUUGAAACUGCAGGAAGCGGUAUCAGGCCAAGUAGCCGAGACGCAAUCGCGUAACAAAAGAGCGCCAAUUUUUCUUCUAAAAAAGGCUCUCUUGGGUGGUGCUCUCCUUGGUGCCGGAGCUUUAGGUGCCGGAGCUCUCGGUGCUGGAGUCCUCGGUGCCGGAGCCCUCGGCGCUGGAUUGUACGGGGCUAAACACCUUGCUGGUGGAUAUGGUGGAUAUGGUGGAUAUGGCGGAUAUGGCGGACAUGGCGGAUAUGGUGGAUAUGGUGGAUAUGGAUAUCCCCAUUAUCAUAACUAUCCCGAUUAUCACUACCACUAUCACAGCUAUCCCCAUUAUAAUAAUUACCACCACUACAAUUACGGACCAGGUUAUGGCUAUUGGUAAAUUGAGACUGACUUCGGAUGAAUGCAUUAUAAAUUCAGUCUAUAGAGAGGGAUCUCAUAAAUAAAAUGGCAC